UUUAUCACGAAGCCAUUGAGAGGGAAAAAAUGGAAGCCAGUUCUGUAAACCCCGGACUCUUCCUGUGUGUCUCACUGCUGCUGUUCACGGUGGAUUCAGAACUAUGCUGCCUCCGGGAAACCCAUACACUGCGCUAUGACCUCACAGUCUGGUUUCCAGAGGACUCUUGGAAGCACCCAUUCCCAGUCUUAGUAUACGCUGAUGAUGAGCUCUUCCUGCGCUACAACGGGCACAGCAGGAGAGCAGAGGCCGUGGGGCCCAAGAUCAAGGGACAUGCAGGAGCUGAGCUCUGGACAAGAGAGACUGAGGGCCUGCAGAAAAAGGAGGAGCAACUCAGGAGGAUGCUGGCUGAGGUCACAAGCCAGCAGGGCCAGAAGAAGGGCCUUCACACCCUCCAGGAAACCUUGGGCUGUGAGCUUCAGGGAAACCAGAGCACUGGAGGCUUCUGGCGCCUGGGCUACGAUGGGCAGAACUCCCUCACCUUUGACCAGAAGACUCUCAGAUGGACAAUGACUGUGCCCUCCACCCAGCAGACCAAGGUGUUCUGGGAGACACGUGCACCCAGAGCUGAUGAAUUUAAGACUUUCUUGGAGGACAUAUGUCCUGCUCAGCUCCAGGGAUAUCUGGCUUUCUUGAAGAACUUUCCACCGGAUACAGGCCUCCCGGAGGUGAAGGUGACCAACAGGACAUACCCAGUGGGCAGGAUCACCCUGACAUGCUGGGCUUUUAACCUGUAUCCUGCUGUGGCCACCCUGGCCUGGCUUCAGGAUGGAAAGCCGACACAGCAGCGUACCUUUGGGCCUGGGACCAUCCUGCCCAGUGGGGACGGGACCUACCAGACCUGGGUGUCCAUUUGGGUUCUUCCUGGACAGGAACCAGAGUUCACCUGCCACCUGAGGCACCAAACCCAUGACAUCAAGGUCCCUGCUGCCCCUGGUGAGAAAAUGGGGCAACCGUUCACCUCAGGGGGUAGGAGGCAGGGGCAGGAAGGACCCAUAGGACACAGUCACCACUCACUUCAUGGCAGUCCAGGGCGUGCUGCUGAGUACAUUCAUGAUGCUGCCACCUCCCAAGCCGCCUCAGCUGUUUCUGCACUCCCCAUGGUGUUGGUGGUGGUGCUGGCCAGAGCCAACUGAAGCCAGAACACAAAGAACAGAAAACUACCGGGGCCCUUAAUGCCCCGGAGGAGCAGCGAAGUUUCCCCCAGUCAGCCUUCACCCAGAAGUGCAGAGCUCGGCAAAGGCGCCUUCCUCUGGCCUGGAUCACCAGCUUUGGUAAGGAGGGGAGGGGCACUGGGGUGAGGCUAGCGCCAGUGGUCCAGCAGGACCAUCACAAACUUGGUCACCUUCUGUCUUCUCUGCCUUCUCACGCGCUGGCCACACUAAUUUUGGCUUCCCUCGUGAACGCAAGCUGGCUUCCAGAACUUCCCACGGUUAUGAGCUCCCUCCGAGAACAUCAGUAGCUUCACAAUACUUUCCACUCUGUCUCCCAACAACAGCAGCCAGAUCGCUCAAAGUUGCGAAAUCACUCACAUGACUCUGUGCCCUAGGAAUGAAAUGCAAGCCCCACUCCUCACACACCCCAGUUCUUUCUACACCAACAAUUCCUCCAACCUUUUAAAAGUUCCACGCCUAGGGGGUCUCUCCUCUCCUCCCCGCCCUUCGUUCACGGCGGGCCCUCCUCUGGACCUUUCUUCCUGGCUUCUUGAGCUGAUUAAGUCAAGCAGGAGAGACUGAAAUGUGUGACUUUGGGACACCAGCAUAAAACCCAGGAAAUUUAUACAGCUGGUAGUUCCUAUUAUGAUUGUCGCUGAGGUUAGCACGAGCGAACUGCUCUGUGUGUAGGAGGGAGUUGGGGAUGGAUCACAACAGAAACCCUUCCGGGUUCAGCGGCGGCUUUUGCAAAUGCUGGCUAGAAAGCCCGGAGAAUGAGGGAAAGCCGCCAUCUGGUGGAGAAAGGAGGGAACUAUGGGAACCCAGCCCAUCAAACGCCUGCCCACCACACCCCUACCUCCCAUGAAAUCCCAAAUAGAAGUCAAAGCUAAUAUGCUUCCCGGAACCCUGAAACUUCCAGACAACCAGAGUAAUUGUGUGAAAUAUAUUUCUUCUUGAAAUAGUUACUGGUUUUUUUAUUUACUUCUU